CACUCCUCCCUUUCCUUAGCUCUUCCACCCUCCAAAUGUACACCCUAACCCCCUACUCGCGCCUCUCCAGGGUCCCCCGCCACCACCACCGCCCAUGUCGCGCCACCAUCUCCACACACCCCUCCGCCGUCGCCGCCCCGCCCCGCCUUGACGACGUUACCCGCAUGAGUCCGACCAAUGUUGCAAUCCACGACCCCUCUUCCCUCCGCUCCACGUGGUCGCACCGCGCGUGGGUCGCCACCGGCUUUGCCUCCGUGCUCAGCUCCUUGGCCAAGUCUGUCGCCGCCGCAGCCGACUCCGGCUCCGUCGUGGAACCUCUCCUCGCCGCGUACGUCGGUUACAUCCUCGCCGACCUCGGCACCGGCAUCUACCACUGGGCCAUCGACAACUACGGCGGUCCGUCGACGCCGGUGUUUGGCUCCCAGAUCGAGGCCUUCCAGGGGCACCACCGCUGGCCGUGGACCAUAACCCGUCGGCAGUUCGCGAACAACCUGCACGCCCUCGCCCGAUCCGUGGCCCUCGCCGUGCUGCCCAUCGAGGCCCUCCUCUACGCCGGCGGCGGCGACGCGGCGUCGCACGCGUUCGUGGGGACGUGCGCCGGCUGCGUAAUGCUGAGCCAGCAGUUCCACGCGUGGGCGCACGAGAAGAGGAGCCGGCUGCCGGCGGCGGUGGCGGCCCUGCAGGAGGCCGGGGUGCUGGUGUCGCGGCCCUCGCAUGCGGCGCACCACCGGGAGCCGUACAACACCAACUACUGCAUCGUGAGCGGGGUGUGGAACGCGGCGCUGGACCGGUGGAAGGUGUUCGAGGCGGCGGAGAUGUUCAUAUUCUUUAGGUUCGGGGUGCGGCCGCGCUCGUGGAGCGAGACGCAGCCGGAGUGGCGAGAGGAGACCGAGGCGGCCACCAAGCCAUGAUCGACUCGGUGGAGCUCCGUAAAGCUUAUUCUUUUAAGGCCACAUAUAUUUGCAGACUAUCACUAAAGUUUGCAUGCAGCGUAGGCUAAAAAAGAAAACAAGAGAACUUUUCUUCUGUGGGCCCAUGAUUGGGAUUUGGGUUGGAUUUGAUUCGCUUGUUGGCAUAAUUUAUGAGGACAAUAUUUCAAGGUGAA